AUGCAAUCUCAACACCACUCGUGUCCGUACUGUCAGAGAGGGUUCACAUAUUUGGCUAAUUAUAGGAAACACAUCAAAAGUAUUUGUCCGAUUCGGCAACAAAUUGACGACAAGAAGCAACAGGUGAUCGACAACUCGGCCACAGACGGCGCCGACGGCUCGCCCGCCACCGCAUCCAAACACCUCAACACAGAUCUGCCGCCGACUCUCGUCUUCACCCCCUCUUCCCUAUCAGUGAGGAGUCAAAUCGAAGACACAGUUCUCACACUAUUGAGAGAUCAGACAAAACAGGAUCAGAUCCUCCAGUCGUCCGAACAACUCGUAAAGUCUAAACAAAGCCACAGAACUGAUGGCCAGUCGUCUGGAGGCCAACACUCGGAUUCAGACGCGACGGAUGAGUCGCGAGAGGACACGACGAGAGGCGACGAAAGCAAAGACAGUGUAAAGAAAGAGUGGACACAAUCGUCGGCCACAACAACCCCGACGAAGGGCUCGUCGUUUCGGUUUCGCACGUUUUCGUGCAGUAUUUGUCACAAAAUCUUCUUAUCGUACGUAACAAUGCUUAAGCACCGGCUCUCUCACAAACUGUCCGACGGUUCGGCCGCCGCUGCGAUCGCCGCCGCCGACGACGACAGCGCACUCUCGACGACCACUCACUUGUCGGCCGACGACGAGUUGGUUGAGUCGAAUCGCGACAAAGAGGCGGCCAAUCAGGCCUUAGCCGCCAGUAUUCUCAAGCGAUCUAAAGAUGUGAUUAUCAGCAAAAUGCGCGUUCACUCGACGGCAGCCGUCGGCCGCAGUAGUGCUGCGAAAGUGACGACCACUGCGGGUCAUAAGAAGGUGCAGACAGUGAUCAAUACGACGGAUCUGUUGGAGAAGUUGGCGCGCGGGGGCAUCACUACAGAUGCCAUACACCAGUUGUCGGCCGCGACUGUCCCUAAGACCGGCCGGUCGUGCGCUGCGAAAGGCAAAGAAGUGAUUACUAUUGAGACCAAUAAUAACGAUUCGCAGACUUUUAAUCUGCAAUUAAGUGCCUCUACUUCUGGAGCCAAUCAAAUGACGACAAGUGACGGCUCGUUGGAUGAGAUGGUGAUCGACGGCAAACACUUGACUGAUGUGCUGAAGGAGGGGGUGAUUGUGGCCCAAGACUUGCAGCACUUGAUGACCGUCAGCGACGGUGUAGUGACGGGCGAGUCGUCGGCGGGAGUGGUCUGUGACGAGGGAUCGGCUAAAUGUGCGGAAGUGUUACUCAAUUUGGAUGACAUGGAGAGCGGGAAUGAGGUGUGGAUUACAAUCACUGGAGACUCGAGUGUCUUAAUACAAGUGCCCACAACUCAUACCAAUCAUAAUUCUAGCCCUAAAUAG